GCCGCUGCUGCGCGGCAUGGCGGGCUGUGGGGCCCGGCUGCUGCUGCUGCUCCUGGCGGCCCUGCUGGUUGCGGCCGAGCGAGAGCUGCGCUUCAGGCCGCCGGCUGAGGCCCCCGUCCGGCUCUUCACUGAGCCCGAGCUCGCCAGAUACGACGGGCAACAGGAAGGGCAGCCCAUUUACCUGGCAGUGAAGGGAGUAGUAUUUGAUGUCACUUCUGGUAAAGAAUUUUAUGGAAAAGGAGCCCCAUAUAAUGCUUUGGUUGGAAAAGAUUCAACAAGAGGAGUUGCAAAGAUGUCUCUGGAUCCAGCAGAUCUUACACAUGACAUAACAGGGCUCACAGAAGAGGAACUGAAGUCCCUGGAUGAUAUCUUCAAUAAUGUUUAUAAGGCCAAAUAUCCAAUUGUUGGCUAUACUUCUCGACGAAUUCUGAAUGAGGAUGGCAGCCCCAAUCUAGAUUUUAAACCUGAAGAUCAGCCACAUUUCAACAUUAAAGAUGAGUUUUGAUUACAUUUUUGUACCUAUAGAAUGCCUGGGGAGAGGCAAGAUAGAAUAUUAGAUUAUAUUCUUAGAGUACCUAUUUUAAUAAUUAUAAUUAUUAAAUUAAUUAUUAUAUUGCAAUAUUAGAGCACAUGUUUUCUGGAGUUCAUGACAACUUUUUCUUUUUUUAGAAAAUAUGUAUAUAUGUAUACACAUUUUACAAAGUGUAAAUAAACAGAUCUGUAUUAGUGUCA